CGUCAGAUGACGGCGGCGCGCGCGUUGCCUCCACUACCUACCUCCACGCGCCCGCGAAAACGAAAGUGACAGAUACAUACCCCAAAACUGUGUGACUGAAACGUGUUGUGUGAACAGAACAGUGCUAGCUAGUCCAGGUUAUCCUGAAACUGUUGCUCUCAAUUGGAUCUCAAGUUGGAACUUACUUCGAAGGUUUUCCAGUUUUGCAAGUCGCGCUAAUUAUAUGCCACUCAGAUAAAAGCAUUUGAGCUGAAGUCAACAUGAAGCGGAGCAGGCUGUUGCUGAUCGCUGCGGUCCUCGUGCAGAUAGCGCGAUGCGAGCCCCCGGUGGACUCGGCGUCGCUGCCGCUGGAGCACCGCGGCGGCGGCGGCUACGGGCCCCCGCUGGCGCCCGCGCACGCCGACGACCCCUGGCCGCUCGCCACGCCCGACAGCCCCAAGAUCAAGCACCUGCAGGUGCAGUGCGAGAAGACGCACAUGCGCGUCAACAUUGAGUUCGACCGCCCCUUCUACGGCAUGAUCUUCUCCAAGGGCUUCUACAGUGACCCGCACUGCAUGCACCUCAAGCCCGGCACCGGCCACCUCAGCGCCACCUUCGAGAUCUUCCUCAACAGCUGCGGCAUGUCCAGCUCCGGCAGCCACUCGGUGGCCAACUACGGCGCGCCCACGCCCAGCGGCUCGUACGUGGAGAACACCAUCAUCGUGCAGUACGACCCCUACGUGCAGGAGGUGUGGGACCAGGCGCGCAAGCUGCGCUGCACCUGGUACGACUUCUACGAGAAGGCCGUCACCUUCCGCCCCUUCCAGGUGGACAUGCUGCACGCCGUCACCGCCAACUUCCUCGGCGACAACCUGCAGUGCUGGAUGCAGAUCCAGGUGGGCAAGGGGCCCUGGGCAUCCGAGGUGUCCGGCAUCGUGAAGAUCGGGCAGACCAUGACCAUGGUGCUGGCCAUCAAGGACGACGAGAACAAGUUCGACAUGCUGGUGCGGAACUGCGUGGCGCACGACGGCAAGCGCGCGCCCAUCCAGCUCGUGGACCAGUACGGCUGCGUCGUGCGGCCCAAGAUCAUGAGCAAGUUCCAGAAGAUCAAGAACUUCGGCCCGUCCGCCUCCGUCGUGUCCUUCGCCUACUUCCAGGCGUUCAAGUUCCCCGAUUCGAUGAACGUGCACUUCCAGUGCGUGAUCCAGGUGUGUCGCUACAACUGCCCGGAGCCCAAGUGCGGCGGGCUCGGCGCGGACUACGGCGUGCCGCUGCUGGGCGGGCCCUCGCUGGGCGCCGGCGAGUACGGCGCGCCCAACUCGCCGCACGCUGAAUAUGGCCCGCCGCCGCAGAGCGUGCACAGUGAGUACGGCCCGCCGCCCGCCUUCCCCGACCCGCGCCACCCCGCCGACGCCACCGGCUCCUUCUCCGAGAAGCGCGACGACGCCGUGCCGCCCCCGCAGGCGCAGGCGUCGUCCACGCCGCACGCGCCCGCGUCCAGCCCCGCGCCCGCGCGCGACGACGACGCCGCCGUGCACCUGCCGCCGCCGCCGCCGCCCGGCCGCCGCGGCGCCUACAACACCGUCAAGCGGAAGGACGAGGCGCACGGCUCGCUGGCCACGCUGGGCGGCCGCCCGCGCUCCGUGGAGGACCUGCCGGCGCGGCUGCAGGGCGCGCGGCGGCGGCGGCGCGACGCGCAGGAGAUGACCGACGUCAACACGAGCCGCACCAUCCAGGUGGUGGCGCCCGGCGACGUCAACUUCGCGCUCAACAACGCGGCCGGCAACGAGACCGUGGUGAUCCAGUCGCCGGGCGCCGACCCGGAGACCAUCUGCAUGUCGGUGCCGUCGUUCGUGGCGGGGCUGGUGAUGCUGCUGCUGGUGCUGGCCGUGGCGUCGCUGGUGGCCGCCUUCCUGUGCGUGCGCGUGCGCCACCUGGACCGCAAGCAGGGCCUGGCGCCCGCCUACUUCGACGCCGACUACGUGAAGCACGGCAACUAGCGCGCGCGAGUGCGGGACGCGGGACGUUCUCUGAACUCUUCUGGAUCCAAAGAGCGCGGUGCUUCGGCCCCGGCCGGGCGGCGUCCCCGGGGCGCUGCCGCGGUCGCGAUCGAAGCCGCCCGACAAGUGCGUUAUUAAUUUAUUUAUUAGAUGUGUAAUGAAUGAAAUGAUAUGAGCGUGAUGAAUUUGUUUGACUGGUUUUGUAAAUUAUUUUAUUUGUGUGAGGAGCACUCUCUGUAUUGUCUUUUUAGUCGAUACGUCUGUUGUAAUUUUGUAAAGAGUCGUAAGUAAGGUAUAGUCCUUAAGUUAUAUACCAAUUAAAAAGUGUCGUGUGAGAA